CGGUGUUUUCUCAACACACCUGAAGGAAGCAAGGACAGUGAGUCAACAUGGAGAAAAUCUGGGCACCUGAGUCGUCCCAGAGAAAAUCUGGGCAACAUCGUCGACUCGCUCGCACGACUCCAAGUCGUGCGCUCGAAAUUGGAUCGAGCCAGGAUUCUGCUGUCCUGGUGCACAUUCUGAUGAUCGGUUGCUGGCUGGAACGGUUGACAUUGUCACAGACAGACCCGCCGAGACAAAGCCUCGGUCAAAACCAUCAUGAUCUCGUCGUAGUGGCAGUGGAACAUAAGCUCAGUCUGUACAGCUCACGAGGUUUACUGACGACGGGCACCCGGAGCACGCAUUUCCAAACUGGCAAUGGAUCAGAGUGUUCACGAGUGGAGCGGAUUCCGUUUGCUGAAGGAGCUAGUCGGCGAAUAUUAAACCAUUCUUCGGUCGCACACACGGCACCAUGGUCGCAGUCCGGCCCUCGGUGAGUCAGAGGUGUGCACGAGGAAAGAGAAAAAGCAAAAGGGUAGAAAAAGUCUUGACUUGACCGACGAAUCGAGCAGCUCAGCACAGCAGUCAGCCUCUAGGACGCUGUGCGGCCGUAGGCUUUGGGGGCUUUCACGGAAGGGACGGACUGUCACCACUGUGGUCGAACUCUCUCUGUUGCGGACUGAAGUUGGUGGCUAGAGUUUAAACAGCAGCAGCUCGCAGCUCUCAGGUGGAGGUGGAGGUGGAGUGCGCAGUCUGUUGGCCUCGGAUUGAUUGAUGUUCAACAUAACUUGUAGAUCUUCUAUCCAUCAGCCUGAGGCGAGCUCCUCGUGGAUCGUAUCCACCCCUUCCGACAAUCGAGACUUCUGUCAGGUCGGAGGAGCACUACGUCACUGUGGAGCUUCGUCCGUCACGAGUUCUGUUUGCAGCUUGCGAGCGAGUGCAGGCAGUGGGCUUUCGGUCGAUCAGAAAGUUCGACAAAUCACUGAUUUCUGGAGACAUUCCAUGCUCAGUCCACAGAUUGUACCAUCAGAUAGCAGCUGUGACAUUUCUAGUAUAAAUCUGAACUGCCCUCAGUACAUGCCUUUCUGACCCUUAAAAUUUGCCAGGGUGAGUAGCAAUGUGUUCACAUGUUAUGGAUUAUGUAUGAUGAGAAGCGGGUUAGCUGGAAAGCAUUUGUGUACAUGAGUUUUGUCUCUUCUCGUCUUUCUCGUCGUGAGUCAGAAAUUGAGCAAGGUAGACAAAUUGAAGGGGGCCGUGAAAAACAGAGUAGGAGCCAUUAAAGUGAAGUGCAGCAGAGAUUCAGCUGACCAGGGCAGUGCUAGUGCAGGCAAGCAAGAAGACGAGGGCAGAGCAAAAAGACCAAAAUUGGAAUGUUUGGAGUGUUUCUGUAAAGAAAUUUCUCCUUCAAUUAGACUCUAUUUUGCCAACAGCGGUGAAGCACGGUCUACCAGGAUGGUAUUGAGAAGGUUUAGGACCACUUCCAGUGGUGAAUCGUGAUUCCAGCCUCCUUCUGUUUUGGUUUCCUCGAUCUCUUCAGCUGAAAACAGCAUCUGGAUCAGAAUGUUGCUAUGAAUCUCGAGCCGACCUUGCAAAUUCAACAGGAUAGAGGGACGGUGGCCAGACUUUAGAAUCGCCUCAAAGAGUAAAUUCAAGGGCUCUUCAGUUCCUGAGCAGAUUCCCCAGUUUAUUGUUCCUCCCGAACGAGAUGCUGCCUUUGAAGCUUCUUCUAUUUACGCUAUUAGGCACGGGGGUCACAUUCGCCUGCGCGGAGGAGAGGGAGGGUUCGUCCGGGCCAAGCAGGAGCAAAUGGGCAUCAAAAUUUGGAGCUUUGGCAAAUCUCCGGAGAGGGGACAAGCAUGAAGCUGUGGCAGAUCUCAAACAAUACCUCUCGCAAUUCGGAUACAUUAAGCUUGAGAAAGAAGGAGACCUGUCUCUGGAGUUCGACGAGCUUUUGAUGGAUGCAAUCAAGCUGUACCAGGUGAGACACAGCAUACCAGUCACAGGCGUGCUCAGCAACCACACCCUGAGGCUGCUCCAUUCUCCACGGUGCGGGAGAGCCGAUGUCGAAGAAGGCCGGCCCCUCAUGUUGGAGCGUCAACAAUUGGGCAAGGUCCCGCUUCCUGAAAGUGUUCUUGGCCACCUCGAGAAUUUCGAGGGCCACUGGGCAGUUUAUGCGCCAUCUGAAAAAUGGCAGUCGAGCCGCAAUUUGACCAUUGCAUUCUCCUCCAUCGACAUCGUUCCAUCCGUGGCUGAAACCGACGCAAAAGCAGCCAUUCUUGCUGCCUUCGCCACCUGGUCUCGUGUAAUUCCCGUCAAUUUCACCGAGACCGACAAUUCCACGGAAGCAGAUAUCGAGAUCAGGUUCGUCGGGGGAGACCAUGGUGAUGGCGACCCAUUUGAUGGUCGGCUGGGCAUUCUAGCCCACGCAUUCGCUCCAGAAGAUGGCAGGUUUCAUUUCGACAAAGAUGAGGUCUGGACAGUUGAUGUGGACAGCAACGACGACGAGGACGCUAUCGACCUAGAAACUGUGGCACUCCACGAAAUUGGGCAUCUCUUAGGGCUGGCCCACACACAUGUCGAAGGAGCCGUGAUGUAUCCCAGCAUUGUCACUCGUCAGGUGAAGCGACACCUGACGGUGGACGACAUUCAUGGAGCUCAGGCUCUCUAUGGGUCGAAUUAUGUUCGACGGCUGAACACUGCUUGCCAGGACCACAGCACCCAGGAGGCGCAAUACGGUGCCGACAUGACCACCUUCGGCACUGCCGGUGCUGGUAGUCCAUGAAUCCUCGUACAGCUCAAACAUCCAGAAGAACAUAGCGCAGUCCCCAUCUUCUCAAAUCUCAGCCGAACCUUCUCACGAACAUGGUUCGCCAUGUCCGGAACGCAUCAUCGUCUUUUCGACGGUGAUGUAUGACGAGGGAGGCUGGGACUUCGACACCGCUGUAAAGGUGUAAAUAAAGAGGAGGAUGCAUCGGCGGGGCCAGGGAUCGAUUCAGUGGCAGUCGAGUCCAACAAAGCCUCGGCGAAUCUGCGUCCAGAUGCAAGAAUUCUCCGACCAUUUGAGACGUGCCACCGUCGGUGCUAUGACACGCUCGGAGGACGAGGCCAAGCCACCGAAUCUGUACAAUAGAUAAAGAAAGCAACUGCACAAGAGCAGCAGUAACCUAGUUGUCAUACAAGAACUCUGAAUUAUACUACCAGUGGCGUGACCACAAGCUCGAUGAGCGUCGAUCAUCCAUGAUGAUGAUGAUUGCGUAUGGUGUGAUUCGGACCCUACCCUUUGUCAAGCAGUUUUCAUGGAAAGUUGCAGUUUCGUUCCCAGUAGCGCAUUUAAGGUUCACAACUGAAUCACGAACCGAAGACACCGGUUGGAUCUGGUGAGGGUCGACAGACGGUGCAAAAUGCUUGGUCGGUCUAACUGCUGCAAGAUUACAAUGGUGUUUAAGCUCAUGAGCUCUCGAGUAGCAAACGACGUCAUCUCAACUCUACCAACUCUACUUUAUCCAUCGCUCCUUGCUUCCAUGGCGCUCUCACAAA